AGUAUAUUAUACCAAGGGUGCAGAGCCGAGUCUUGAAUUUCAAACUUGCCCCAAUAUAAUAUUAAACAAAUUGCCAGACCUCCAAUAUAUCUGGCUUGGGCAUUUGAACGGAGUAUGCCGAGAAUUGCGUUCUUUGUGCGUUUGUAUCCCAAAGAUGCACUCAUUGGAGUUUUUGUACAUAGAAGAUUGGGUAGGCUUGGAGACGGAAGUCCUAAAUUGGAACGAGCACCCCCCUUCCUCGUUGAAAGCAAUGGGUCUUUGUCUUGACGAUACCAUGGAAGAGGAAACCCUCGCUUGGCUCCUUCGGCCUCGAGGGAGCUUCAACUUGCUAUCACUGUUUAUCCGUCAAAGACGUGUGUAUCAAAAAAGCUACUAUCAAGAGCUAAUACUGUCCCUACGGUCGAGCCUUCACCAGCUGGAGCAUUUAUCGAUGACUAUGUUAGAUAUUCAGGACGUCGAUGCAUCAGUUAUCAAUGAUCUAUUACUUAAUUGCAACAAACUCACUAGCCUGGAUCUCUUCUAUGAUUGAGGAUCUCUGGACCAUAUCGUUCCAUGCUUGCCCUUAUCCUUAGAACGUUUGACGAUCCAUUGCACUAGCAAAUAUAUGCUCGAAAUGCAUACUGCUGAGUCAGGCUUUGUUCAGUCUUUGAAGGAUAAAGUAUCUAUGCCUCUUCGGCUUCGGAGCCUCCUGUAUGUAAUACACGAGUACCAACAAUGCUCGGAUAGAGCCUGGGAGUUUGCUUGUAAUGGCCUUGAUUCAAGGUUUUA